AUGAGGUCGUUUUUGGAAAAGAUCCAGAAUCAUCUUUCAAUAUCAAGAAGCUCAAUACGGAAGCCAAUCACGUUUGUGUCAAAUGAGCGUGCUUGGCCCGCAGCUGGGGUCGCAGAAAACGCGAUGACGGACAAGAUUCGUAUAUCACGUAUAGUAUGCGACUUCUUAGUCCUGCUGUGCUGCGCCAUACCCUUGUUAAUAUUCCACGAAUGGGUGAAACCAUACAAACGAGGGUUCUAUUGUGAUGACGAAACUAUUCGCUAUCCAUAUCGUGACUCGACCGUAACUCGGCAUAUGCUUAUCGUAAUCGGUCUGCUGGUACCGACAGCUUUGAUACUCGCUACAGAAAUCUUUCGAACAAUGGCGUGGGAGAGGAAGUGUGCUGAUCAGUUCAAAACAUACCACUUGAGGCAUCACCAUGUACACCGCCUGGUUGUCCGGUUAUACUGCUUCAUUGGCUACUUUUUCUUGGGUGUUUGCUUCAAUCAGCUUAUGGUAGACAUCGCAAAGUACACAAUCGGUCGUCAGAGGCCACAUUUCAUGGACGUUUGCCGACCUAAUGUUGGCUACACUGAAUGCAAGAAUCCAGACUUUUACAUCACCGAUUUCAACUGCACAGGCCCUAAUGCGUAUCUCAUCCAAGAAUCGAUGUUGUCCUUCUAUUCUGGACAUGCAGCAUUCAGCUUUUAUGGAGCUUGGUUCACUUCGUUAUAUCUGCAAGCUCGUCUUUACCGACCGUUGUACUCUCGCCUAUUACUGCCAGUGAUCCAGUUCACAUUGUUCGGAGGAGCUGCCUAUGUUGCUCUUACUCGAGUAUCCGAUUAUAAACAUCAUUGGUCUGAUGUACUUGUUGGGGCAAUUAUUGGAAGCACCAUUGGAAUAUUCACGGCGCUCUUCGUCGCUGAAGUGUUCAAGCGUCGUGAAAUUCCCUCUUGCCUCCCACCGAAUGACUUUGGUUUGAUCAGGAUGGAGAAGCGAACAGACGUAAAUCCAGCUGUAACUACAGCAACUCACUCGUUCACAGUUACUAAUGAACAAGAUCCGUCCGCUAAUCAACGACUUUUGGCAAAUUGCAAUUCUAGCGAGCCAAAUUGUCCAAACGGAGAGUAUAUGACGGAGAUACGCCUGGAUCCUAUGUUGGUAGUGAAAAUGUGACACCUAUCACAUUUUUCCUCUCAUAUUCUUUCUUCUUCCACGAUCUGAUACCAGAAUCUUGUUGUAAAUGACGAUUACGGUGAAUUUUUCAAUGUUGUGUGUUAAUGAUCUACUUAGCGCAAUGAGAUUUCAUGUUAACCCUUUCAAACAAUCUGAUGUGCACUAUCACUAUGUGUUGUUUGUUUGUUUGUAUGGUGAAACUCAACUUCUUUUCUGCAUUGUGAAUGUGCUUGUCUUUACUAUCGUGCUUUUACUUACUGGUGAAUUAUAGGAUUUUGACUUUUGCAUCUUGAACUUUGCUAUGGGUUCCAUUCAGAAGUUUCUGGAUGCUCUGGUCUUUUUUUGCCGGUGCCCUUUUUUUUAACAAAAUCAAGAUCAUAUUGAUCAAAUUUCA